AUGGCACGGGUCUUCUUCGGCCUCAAGUCCAGGGGCAAGAACUUCUUCUUGCUAUAUGCCUCCCUAAGCGCAGCUUUCUGCUUUUGCGAGAUAACAGUAAGCACACGGGCGAUAGAGAGCCUGACCACCUUACUGAUCAACGACCAAAGAAAAAUCGGAUUAGUGGCAACAAGAGGAAAAAAAUGAAGCAGCACCGCAUAAAAUGAUAGCACAAGGCACGGGGAUUAUUACAUCUUAGACAACUUGUUGGGGGCGCCUCCAGUAACCUUGGCAACGCGAAGAAGAGAGAGCUCCGUCUUCAGCUCCUUGAGCUGAUUGAGCAGGUCGCUCUUUGA